AUGCAAACACACAAUUGCAGAAGUCCAGGAAAGGCUUAUCGCUUCCCUGAGAAGAAAAGCACAUUUUCAAUUUGGGAUCCAGUGUUAACUAUCCACCUCCAGGUGAAGGAUCGAGAUCGGGCAGCCCCCUCUGCCCGGGAAGAAGCUGCGUCUUUGCUGCACACAUUAGAGGAAGCAAUUUCAGAACAAUGGAACCUCCAAACUAUAAAUACUGAGUUAUCGAACGCCUGCCAGACACUGGAGCAGAAGACAAGAAAACUGAAAACAACAAUUGAGUCACUUCGAAAGAAGCUAAUUGAAGAGGCACUCCGUGGCUUGCUAUUUCAGAAGCAAUGUUGCCACAAACUGUAUAGUGGUCAAGAAGCAAGAUUACAUCAGACGCCCUUGACCUUGAAACACACAUCCUGGUACACACCUCUGCUGGACGCCUUAUCUCUGGAUAGCUUCACAGUGGUUCCAAGGCUGGAAGUGACGCCUUUCUCGUGUGGAGCAGACCCAACCCAUGCUCUGUGUAAAAAGCCUGAAUAUGAAGAAAUAAAGGAUGGUGCUUUGGAUGUGACCAGGCGACUCAAGUCCUCAGGCCCCACCGGUGGCCCUCACCCAGGGACAGAUUUUUCAGGUGGCAUUGGGAUGACUGAUGACCUAAGGAUGGACGAAAAUGGUGUUGAGCGCUUGUGUUCUGAGAGCCUGCCGCAGCCCAGGGAACAUCCUAUGCCACCAUCACCCCAACCCAAUUCAUCCACAGACACUACUGUAACUUCAAGUGGCUCAAGUCCGGUUGAUGAGAAUAUUGCAUGCCAAGACUCUAUGAGUAAGGAGAAAACUGUAUUAAAUAUGGAAGCUAAAGAGGAACCAGAAACAAUAGCAGAGCAUAAAAAGGCAUGUCCUUCAGGAGACGCUGCCGUUGCCCCUCUUCCCGUGACCACUGUGAAAUCGGUUAACUUUAGACAGAGUGACUGCACUUCUGCUAAUGAGAAGGAGGUAGAGGCAGAAUUUCUCAGAUUAUCUUUGGGAUUCAAGUGUGACUGGUUUACAUUGGAGAAAAGAGUGAAACUUGAAGAGAGGUCCCGUGAUUUAGCAGAAGACAACUUGAAGAAAGAAAUCACUAACUGUUUAAAGCUAUUGGAGGCUUUAACACCUCUGUGUGAAGAUGACAACCAGGCCCAGGAAAUAAUUAAGAAGCUGGAGAAGAGUAUCACGUUUCUCAGCCAGUGCACAGCGCGAGUGGCCAGUAGGGCUGAGAUGCUGGGGGCCAUUAACCAGGAAAGCCGGGUUAGUAAAGCAGUUGAAGUGAUGAUUCAGCAUGUAGAAAACUUGAAGAGAAUGUAUGCCAAAGAACACGCGGAAUUAGAAGAACUGAAACAAGUUCUUCUGCAGAAUGAAAGGUCUUUUAAUCCUCUUGAAGAUGAAGAUGAUUGCCAAAUUAAAAAACGUUCAGCUUCUCUAAACUCAAAGCCAUCUUCUCUUCGAAGAGUGACCAUUGCUUCUUUACCCAGGAAUAUAGGAAAUGUAGGAAUGGCAUCUGGGAUGGAAAAUAAUGAGCGAUUCAAUAGGAGGUCAAGCAGUUGGCGUAUUUUGGGGUCAAAGCAGAGUGAACACCGUCCCUCAUUACAUCGAUUUAUUAGCACCUAUUCCUGGGCAGAUGCUGAAGAAGAAAAAUGUGAACUAAAAACUAAAGAUGACUCAGAACCACCAGGAGAAGAAAUAGUAGAAAGGACAAGGAAGCCAAGUCUUUCUGAAAAGAAAAACGCUCCGUCCAAGUGGCAAGUCUCUUCCGUUUAUGACACCAUAGCUUCCUGGACAGCCACUGUCAAGACUUCCCUCAGAAAGGCUAACAAGGCGCUCUGGCUGUCCGUCCUGCUCAUCGUCCUGCUCGCGGCUCUCAUGAGCUUCCUCACAGGCCGGUUCUUCCAAAAGUCGGUGGACGCUGCUCCCAUACAGGAAGAGGACUCCUGGAUAUCUCUAGAACACAUCUUGUGGCCGUUUGCCAAACUCCGACACAAUGGGCCACCCCCAGUGUGACAGCAGCACACGCUACUAUCUGUAUCUUGAUUUAGAAAGUUUCAGUAUCUGAACUUUGUAAAUUAGUAACUUUUAGCUGGGAAAGUAUAGAAUGAAACCAGAGGUUUUCAGAAUGACUGUAAGAUAUUUUAUUAAUCCAUGCCCUCUUUUUCCAAUUAUCUCUUUGACUAAAAUACAGUGAGGAUGAAGCCUGCCUGCAAUGUUUUAAAGAGUUUUUGAGGAAGAAAUAUAUGUGGUUUUGUUAAAGUUU